AUGGGAGGAUUGAAGGAGGUAGAAGAUAACAAGUCUGAAUUGGCAGCCAUAGAGGAGAUAACAAAAAAACGAACCUGGAAAAAAAAUUGCAAGAUCAGCAGUCGGGCUGGAUCUGGGCAGUCGGGCCGGAUCUGGAUAAUUGGGCUGGAUCAAAACCGGGUCUCUGCUAUUCCGAUAGUCACAACAAGGUGCAGCCCACGACAAUUUGUUCGUGCCAUCAAGAGGUUGACAGGCAGGAAGAAAGAGGCUGUUUGCGAGAUUGGGUUUGGAACCCUACUUGGGCUACAAUGCACAACGUUGAAACGCCAAUUGUGCACAUGGUUGGUGAGUCAUUUUGACCCAGUCACGUGUGAGCUAAGGCUUGAAAAUCAAAGAACAAUAUCCAUUCAUCCUCGUGACGUCGGGGAAAUUCUUGGUCUUCCGUGUAGUAGGGGUUCCAAGGAUGUGCCCCAACAAUCAGAUGGGGACUAUAAAUGGUUAAAAUCUGCGGGCUUGAAAGUUAAGGAUGCUUUAAAAGCGUCUCACCUGGAAAGCCAGUUGGAUAAACUUCCCCCUGGUGACAAUUUCAAGAGCUGUUUCGUCCUCUUUGCAUGCGCCACCAUUCUAUGUCCUAAUUCAAGAGGCGAAGCAAGCAACAAGUUGAUUGGUGCCGUUGAUGACGUGAUGGCAAUUCGAGGAUACAAUUGGGGGAAGUAUGUGUUGGAAACUUUGAAAAUGGCGGUUACGUCCUAUAAUGCCGAAGGUGGAUGCACAUCGGUUAAUGGAUCUUUACUCUUCUUAAUGGUAUGUGUGUAGGAAAUUAUUUUAAUUUGUAUAGUAUUAUUUUGCAAAAUUGUUGACUAAUAUUUAGUUUUGUUUUGUGGUUUAGCUUUUUUAUUUUGAGCGAGUGGAUGUGCACUGGGUAGAACGUUCAUCACAUGAACCAUGCACCACUGCUGCUGCUUGGACAAAAGAAUUGAUUGCGAAGAGGAUCACUUGGGAGAGGAAGCAUUACCAUGGAUUUGGUCAUGGUGAGCCAUUGAAGAGUUCCGCCUCUUACAAUUCAUGUGGCCCUGAAAAUGACGAGGAGACCGAGACUGAAGAUUGUGAGAAUAUUUCCGAUGAUCCUG